AUGUGGGCGUUCGGAAAGAAAAGCGUCCUCACCCACGAGCAGAUGAAAGAAGCAGGCGUCUACUUCACAACGGCCAACAUUGGCUUCAGCAUGGACUACCUGCGCGUCGCCAAAUUGCGGUUGUUGUUCGGCCGGCUGCGUCCUGGCCAGAACUGCAGCGACAUACCGUCCGUAGUCUCGUUGAGGGAUCAUCUGCUCCACGCGUUGGAAGGCGUCGCGGUGGCUGAGAGUGCGCUCGGGAAGACAGUGCAGUUCGACGUGGAGUAUCCAGCGCGCAGCGUGUGCAACGACAGAAAGGUCAUCACCUUCCAGCCGCCAACGGGCAUCAAGGUGAAGGCGCUCGCAUUUGACGGCCACUUCGGCGCGUUCCGAGCUCUCGAGAAGGGCGUGGACGAGCGCGCGAAGCCAUUGGCUCAAGUGAAUCGCAAGAGCUUCAAGAUGAUUGAGCGCGAGGCACGGGUGGCUCCACGUGCCUCCAAGCAUUCUGAGAGGGCGCGGAUCCCCAACCGAACAGGCGGAUGGCAGUUCUUGCUGGAUGGGGAGCGCGCCGACGUGCUUGCCGCAAAGGAACACAUUAAUAACGAGUGCCAGGAGGAUAAGCACCAGUGCGCCCAGGCGUUCCUUCGACCGAAUCACAAGUGCGACUGCCCCUGCCGCCGCCGUACACCUGCCGCCAAAAAGCGCCUCGACAAGAUCAACACGUCGUGCGCGGAGCAGUUCAACUCCUUCAUCAGACGCUUCAACUUCUUCCUGAACAGCCUGCGCCCAAGCUCUCAUCGCCUGUGGGUAAAGGAAAUCAUUAGCCACUGGAACAGCCGCAAGGAGAGUAUCAGAGGCAUUGCAGUUCCCCGAAAGCACCGCAAUGCAGCUCAACGGGCGGCGACCAAGAAGGCCGUCACGAAGAAGCCCGCGCGCGCCACGUUUCUCAGCAAGUGCCGCAAGACCAAGAAGGCCGUCAUGAAGAAGCCCGCGCGCCAAUGA